CAACCGGUUCACUAAGAAGAACCGGUUAAAUUCAACGAUUCGUUCGCGAACAGGACAUCACCAACGUUACAAGUGACUUGUCGGUUUAACUCGAGCCCAUCAGCAGCAGUAGCCCUGAUUAUUCAUCCAGGACGCGGUCAAAAACAGCACCAAUAUGCGGAAUUAUUCUUGCCUUCUUUGGUUUUUAUUGUUUGUGGAAGGUAUAUCUAGUGAUGCGUUGGAGGUGACUGUGGGAGAUAAUGUCACUCUAAAAAGCUCUUCUGGAGUAACGAGUGAAGAUCAGAUACUGUGGAAGUUUGAAGGCUCCAUCAUAGUUAAAGUAGAGGAAGCAAAAGGAAUCAACGAUUUUUCUGAAGAUGAGAAAUUCAAAGACAGGUUGAAACUGGACAAACAGAAUGGAUCUCUAACCAUAACAAAUAUCGAAUUUAAACAUGCUGGAAAUUAUCAACUAGAUAUCAGUGGGAAAGCAUCUAUUAAACCCCAAACAUUCAGUGUCACUGUCCGUGAUGUUAAGUCAGAGUCAAAGAAAGAGGGAGAUUAUUUCUCUCUAUCAACUGAUGUUAAAGGACAAAAAGGCAAUCUGAUACUUUGGAAGUUUAACGGUCAAGUCAUCCCCACUGAUCACUUAAACGGCACUAAAUGGAGCAAUAUAAAAGUGUCUGAGGAUACUGGAAACCUUAGCUUUGAAAACAUCCAAAUCAAUCAGACUGGAAUUUACGAAGUGGAGAUCAACACCAGCAAUUUGUUCUUACACAGGAAAUUCAAUAUUACUGUUGGUGAGUAGCUCAAGCGUUC